UUUUUAUUUAAAUUUGACAUUUAUCUAAAAUGUCACAACAAGCACGUAUUAAUGUUGUUAGUGGGGGAGUUAGUAGAGUCCCACGUAUUAUUGAAUUCCCUAAGGAUAAUGCUGGUAGACAACAAGUUAUCUCUGACUUCUUUGGUUCUAAUGUAUUUGGUACUAAAGAAAUGUCAGAAAGACUUCCUAAACCCGUAUAUAAGUCUUUUUGCGAACAACUUAAAGGUGGUCAAACAUUAGAUAAAAUUACUGCAGAUGCAAUUGCUCAUGCUGCUAAAGUUUGGGCUCUUGAACGUAACGCUACACAUUUUACUCACUGGUUUCAGCCAUUGAAUGGUACAACUGCUGAAAAGCACGACUCUUUCUUAGCUUUAAAAACCACUUUUGCUAACGGUCUUCCUGAGGUUACUGCUAUUGAAGCUUUCUCUGGAUCAGAGUUAUUGCAAUCCGAACCUGAUGCUUCUUCCUUCCCUUCAGGUGGUAUGCGUACUACAUUUGAAGCUCGUGGUUAUACUGUUUGGGAUACAAAGAGUCCUAUGUUUCUUCAAGAAGGUCCUCAUGGCACAAUGAUUCUUUAUAUUCCUUCAGUUUUUAUUUCUUAUAAUGGAGAAGCACUUGAUGAAAAGUCUGUGCUUUUAAGAUCUUCUUCAGUUAUUUCUAAAGUUGCAUUAGAAAUUCUUCGUCUUAUUGAACCUAUUAAAGAAGAUGUUCCUCGUACAAAAGAAAUUUACACUACGCUCGGUACAGAACAAGAAUAUUUCUUGAUAGAUAGAGGACUUUAUGCACUUCGACCUGAUCUUAAGACAUGUGGACGUACUUUAAUUAGUGGACUUCCUGCUCGUCACCAACAAUUAGAAGAUCAUUAUUUUGGUAAGAUCCCAAGUCGUGUCUUAGCUGCUAUGAGUGAAGUUGAACUUGAAUGCGCUAAACUGGGUGUACCUAUUAAGACACGUCAUAAUGAAGUUGCCCCAUGCCAAUUCGAAGCUGCACCUCAGUUUGAAGAAGCUAUGCUUGCCGUUGACCACAACUUAUUAACGAUGGAUAUUAUGCAUCGUGUUGCACAUAAAUAUAAACUUAAAUGUCUUUUCCAUGAAAAGCCCUUUAAGGGUGUUAACGGUUCUGGUAAGCAUUGUAACUGGAGUAUUGCUACAGAUCGUGGAGAAAACCUUUUGAAUCCUUCUUCUACUCCUGAAACUAAUUAUCGUUUCUUAAUCUUCUUGGUCGCUGUACUCAAGGCUGUACUUGACCAUGGUGACCUCUUGCGUGCUGGUGUUGCCUCUGCUUCUAAUGAUCAUCGUCUUGGUGCUCAAGAAGCACCUCCAGGAAUUAUUUCUGUCUUUUUAGGUUCUGAACUUACUGAGGUUUUGAAUGCUAUCGAAGAAGGUCGUCCUGUAAAUAAACACGUUGCUGGUACUGAAACUACUCAAAUGCGUGUUGAAGGUACUACACUUGAUCUUAAGGUCGCUACUUUACCUAAAUUAAACCGUGAUCUGACUGACCGCAAUCGUACAUCACCUUUCGCCUUCACCGGUAACAAAUUUGAAUUCCGCGCUGUAGGUUCUAAGCAAUCAGCUGCAUUCCCUGUUACCAUCCUUAACUCUGCAGUUGCCUCUGCUCUUAUGGAAAUUAAGGAUGACCUUAAGAAACAAAUGGGUGACAAGGAAACUGCUUCUGACGAAGAUAUGCUUGCUAUUAUUCGUAAGUAUAUUACCUUGACCAAGAAUGUUCGUUUUGAAGGUGACAACUAUACUGAAGAAUGGGUCCAAGAGGCUGCUAAGCGUGGCCUUGUGAAUAUUACCAAGAGCCCUGAAGCUUUCAAACGUCUUUUGACACCCAAGAAUGCAGAGAUGCUCACUCGUCUUGGUGUCUUCUCAAUGGCAGAACUUGAAUGUCGUUAUCACAUUAUGAGUGAAACAUACGCUAAGGAAAUCGUCAUUGAGGCACAAACCCUCUUGGGUCUCUUACUUCAACAUGUUCUUCCUGCUGCCUUCAGUUAUCGCCGUGAACUCUCUGAAUCCGCUGCUUUCUUAAAGCAAAUAGGUGCUGAAGCUGCACCUGAAUUAAAAUGGUUGGCUCAAUUGGCACCUAUUAUUUCUGGACUUCAAGAAGCUGUUGAAGAGUUAGAUCAUUUAUUGGUCGAAGCACAACCUAUCUUAGAGUCUGAGCCUGCUGCGGAUCAUGCUUGUUAUAAGAUGGCCCCUGCCAUGGAAAAGGCUCGUUCUUAUGCAGAUCAAUUAGAAAGACUUGUUGCUGAUAAGUACUGGCCAUUACCCAAGUAUCAUGAGUUAUUCUCUACUCUUUAAUUUUUUUUUUUCAUUUUUUCAUUUUUACAUUUUUUACAUUUUUUUUUUUCAUUAUAAUCAUUUAAAGUUAUCUCUUUUUCG